AUGCGCACCGACAGCAGCCCGCUAUCGGAAACUAAAAAAUGCGUCAACCAUGGCUGCGGAAGCACCUUCACGGAAGGAACCAACAGCGACAAAGCAUGUCGAUACCAUCCUAUGGCACCUAUUUUUCAUGAAACUAUUAAGAGAUGGCCUUGUUGUGAUUCAAAAUCUGACGAUUUCGAUGAGUUCUUGCGCAUUGCUGGCUGUACUGUCGGUUUUCAUCGUACAAAAACAAACGGUACAAAUUUGUCACAAGCGCAGCAACCGUCCUCUGAUUGUCCUUUAAAGUCUUCUGAUAUUACCUCUCAAUCCGCAUUACCCGCUGCUACCGAGGCGGCUUCGGCCGUGUCACCUUCUAACACGGCCGCACGUAGUUCAAAACCCACAUUUCAAAACGAGUCGUCGACUGCGAAGCAACAGGUUGAAAUUAUCGAAGAGCCAGACGACCCCUUGGAUGCAGUUAUCGAGCCUGGAGCUAAGUGUCUACACUCUUUUUGUUCGGCUGUAUUUUCGGGCGAUUCCUCUCGCACGGAGCCUUGCGUCUACCAUCCCGGAAUCGCUGUUUUCUACGAAGGCAGCAAGUACUGGAGCUGUUGCAGACCCCGCGCCGGGGAAUUUGAAGAGUUUUUGAAAAUACCAGGAUGCAAAACUGGACGUCACAAAUUUUUGAAGUCUGGUGCACCGACAGACCCAAACUUUGUUGAGUGCCGCCGUGACUACUACCAGUUAGGAGACCAAAUGUGCGUAUGCGUAUACGGCAAGAACAUGAACCCUAAGUCGUCUUCUGUCACCUAUUGUACCCAAUCCGUAAAAAUCGACAUUCAGUUUUUAAACGGCAAAACAUAUUCAGCCUUUAUACCGCUGUUCUCGCAAAUUGUCCCGGAAGCGUGCACACAUGAAUGGCUUCCAACCAAAUUAGAGAUUAAAAUGAAAAAAUGCCACCCAGGCCCCUGGACCAAGCUAGAAUCUGAAGAACCUAUUUCGACGAAUUAA